ACUCCAAUUAAAGCAUCGCGGAACAACAUGAAUCUGCUCAUACUGGCGACUCUUUUCUCAGUGGUUUUGGCCGAAAAAUCACCUCGGCUGAAAUUCACCGUGAUGGAGUCACCUCGGUUUCGCUUCAUGAAGCCGGAGAACUACACAACGGUUUACCACCAACAGAAAACUGAUGUCCUGUAUGUGGGGGGUCAAGGGGUCAUCUAUAAGCUCACCUUCAGUGAUAAAGGAGUGCAUGACACGCAGAUCCAUGCGCUGAUGGAUGAGAAUGCAAAAGAGACAUGUGUCUCUAAAUCACCAGUAUGGAAGCAAGAGUGUGAUAAUUUCAUCACAGUAAUUGAGAGAGUCGGCGAUUCAUUUGUGGUCUGUGGGACAAGAGCCGGUGCUCCUAAAUGUUGGCUCCUGGUAAAUGACAGUGUACUGACGGACAUGCCGGAGGAAACAGCAGCGUCUAACAUCUUGGCACCUUUCCCUUCUCAGCGCUCCAUCAGUCUAUCAGCAGAUGGGAAUCUGUACUCUGCUUUGUCAGCGUUUGCAGGACAGACUGGCUCUAUCCGCCGCACAUAUGGCUCCAAAAAACAGCUGAAGACAGAGAAUAAAUGGUUACAGAAUCCCCAGUUUGCUGGAGCUGCUGUGAUACCAUACACAGAGAAACUCAAAGAUGAGAUCUAUUUCUUCUUCAGUGAGGUCAACAGUACAACCAGUCUAGAUGAAGAGCCAUACAGGGCUCGCAUAGGACGAGUCUGCAUGGUUGAUGAGGGAGGGCUUCAGAACAUGCUGCCAAACUCCUGGACUACAUUCCUGAAGGCACGUAUUAUGUGUGGAAAAGCUGGAACUCCUGUACAGUACAACAGCUUCAAGCAGGCUUUCGUUCUGUCCUCUUCUCACCGCACUGGGUUGAUAUACGGCAUCUUCUCCAAUGCUUGGAACACCACUGUAGUGUGUGCAUACUCCAUUGAAGACAUUGACCAAGCCUUUUCUACAUCCAAACUGAAGGGCUACAACUCACCUUUAUCAACUCCCCGUCCUGGAACGUGUGCUUUUAGGAAUAACACUUUCGCUCAUAACCAGAAGAUCCUGACUGUGAUCAAGGAUCACCCUGAGAUUGAGGACAUGAUCAUCCCGGUCGACGAAGCUCCUCUAGACCUGCCAGUUCAAGACCACUUCACACAUAUUGUGGCAGACACAGUCUUGGCUGUCAAUGAUGAACACUACAGCAUCAUUUAUCUGGGCACAGAGAAGGGGAAAGUCCUGAAGGUGCUCCAUGCCAUAGAAGGAGCCUUUAUCAUAGCACAGUACUCUUUAUUCCAUGAUGAUAGUCCCGUCAUCAACAUGGCCAUUGACUCUAAAAAGGGUCAUCUCUAUAUUGGCACAGAGCUUGAAGUGCAGCGCAUCCCCCUGGCUGACUGUGGUCGUUACGGAGCCAGCUGCCAGGAAUGCAUCCUUUCACGAGAUCCAUAUUGUGCGUGGGAUGUUUCCAAGAAGAAAUGUACUGCAAUCCCAGCAGACUACAGCAUUAGCACUGGAACUCUUGUUCAGACCCUUGACCACUCCAAUGCCUCGGUCUGUGGCUAUGUUACAGCUCCUAAGGCACGUAGCACCAUCCCCAAACAAGUUUUAGUGGAUAAAGAUGGACCCGUCCUGCUACCAUGCCCCGUGCGUUCCUAUCAUGCCACUUACCGCUGGAAGAAAGACAACUGCAUCAAGCAAUAUCCUUGCACCAUCUCUGGUUCCUCCUGUGUGCUGGCGCCCACCCCUGACCUGCCACUAAAGGAGGGCGUGUUCCGCUGCAUGGUGGAGGAGAGCGGCCUGCAACAGGAGGUGGUGUCCUACAAGCUGGUGUUCAACGGUGGGCCCCUCUCCACCUCGCUGGCCUCCACCCUGGGGUCGGCUCUGCUGCUGGCUGCCGCGGCACACUGGCUCCUGUAGAUCCAAUGAAUCCUGGGGGCUCAAAAGGAAACAAGUUUAAUUCUAAGGUCAGCAGAGCAUGAGUACCUAGGCCGGUCCAACUAAAUUGCAGGGGAGUAGCUGGUCUCUUAUAAACUGUGUUUCUUGUUUCUUAUUCAGAGCAAUGACAAGUUUAUUCUUUUUUUUGAAGGGCCAAGAAAAUGCCUGAAAUUGUCUUAUUUUGCAAAAUGCUUUAUCAUCUCAAACUCCAGUGUUAUGUAUAACAUGAACUUGUGUAAGUGAAUUUCAUGCCAUCAGCCUGAAAGCAUUUAGACUUAUAUACUGUAUAUUAAAUAUCUAAUACAUUACUUGUAUUUGUAAUGCAUAAUACAACAACUUUCAGAUGUUUCAGAGGACUGCUUUGCUAACUACACUCAGACAUGGAAUCCAAAUCAGUUCUUUAACUUGGUUAGUUUUCUUAGUAACACCACUUUUCAGUAAGGUUCAGUUACAUUAGUUAAGAUUAGGGUAUCUUGAACUAACUAUGAACAAUUUUGACAGCAUUUAGUAACCUAGGUUAAUUUACUAUUAUUUAAUUUAAUAUGAUAGUUUGUUGUCAAUUCAUGUUUGUUCAUAAUAUAUUAACUAAUGUUCAUUUAGACAGACUGCACACUAUAAAGGUAAAAAAAGACAAAAGAAAAACAGCUUUACUAAGCUUUGGCAAACGUUUCAGUCACAGCAUGACCGUCUUCAGUGCCCUUUGGGGCAUAUGCUUUUUUUCACCUUUAUAGAGUGCAUACCAUUUUUGCAAUUUUUCAGAUUAUUGUGGCUUACGCACCCAGAUAUUUUUAGGCAUGGUGAGUUUGGAUAUUUCAAUGUAUUAGUUCAUGAAGAAAUUAACAUUUUAUUCAUUUAAUUUAUGCUGUUCAUUUUCGUUCAUAUACCUAAUGAUUUAACAAAAUUGAACCUUAUUUUAAAGUGUUACUCUUUCGUUGGAAUGUAGAAUUGCUGAGUUACAGAUGUGUUAGAUGUGCGAGUACAUGCUGACACAUGAAUAUACUGUUAUAAAUCUUUCAAAUUUCCAUUGUGUGCCAUUAGGACAGUUUUGAAGCCUUAAAACAAGGAUGAGACCCUUUUAAGCUGUAAGGGUCACAUCCUAAGCACAACUUGCAAACUGAACAGAACCUGCAGAAUCUGCUGGCUUUGUCUUUCCAUUGAGUCAUUCCGACCUGACGCAGAAUGUUAUUUCAGCACGAUUUCAGGAGUACAUGCAGCUGAUUUGUUUGCGUCUGUUUUGCAAGUUUGAAAUCACUUAUCAACAACAAUUAGAAAUGUAAACUGAAAAACAAAUCCAUACAAAACAGACACAGAUUCCAAUGCUUUUGCUCAGUGGGUGGACAGGAAGAAUAACCAUAAUCCUUCAUAACUAGUUUAUCUCAAUACAUCACUGUGUUUAACAAACAGGCAUAAACACUCCUGAAUCCUUGAUGUCUGUGCUUUUCAUGCUCAUGAAGCACAUUUUAAUAUUUUGUGUUCAUAUGAAAUAAGCUUCAGUACAUGUAACAGGGAGUUGCAUUUUGUAGUCGCAGUGUACAGAGGCUUAAUUAUAAUGUUUUAAUUGUAAUGCUCUGCAUAUGCUUUUCUACACCAUUGCUGCCUAUGGGAAUAGAAAGUAUUCCUGAUGGAUCUAAACAGUCAUCCUGCACUAAGGUGUUCAGAGUGUAAAUCUGUCACCAUUUUACUUCAUAACAUUUCAUUUGAUCAUGACUUCAGCCGAUAAAACUUUAUGGUGAUUAUCUUAUACACAUUACAAAAAGGAACAAAUAAAAUAUGCUCAUAUAAGAACAUUCUAGCAUACUUCUAAUCGUCAUCUGCACCCCUAACACACACCCCACCACUAUUUCUGUUUUUUUAUCUCUUUCUCUCUCUCAGAGCAA